GCUAAAAAUCAAAGACGAUUUUAACCGAAUGAGAGUGAAGUGACUCAAGUUCAAUCAAGUAAAUUUGUAAUAAAUGGUUGGAAUAUUUUAUAAGUUAUUUUAUAAGUGUUAAAUAAAGUCUUGCAGUCUUCGAAAUUGCCUUAAGUCGACCUUCAGAAAUGACCUUUAAACUUCACAGUCAAUAGGAUCAUGUGCGCAUGCGUAGAUUAUCCGUCAAAUUUUGUUUGGCGCGCUGAUAACCACGACCACUUGAUCACGAUGAAAUUACUUAUUUUAGUCGUUCGGCAGAUACCAUUUAAAACUCACGUUCCUAAACGUUUCUGCAGUAGCUUAAUUACUUACAUCGAAAAUGUCGAGUGAAGAAUCAAAUAGCAAUAGACAGAUGGCACGACAAAAUGGUAUUGUGCAACCUCUGCUCACUGAUCUUUAUCAGAUUACUAUGGCCUAUGCUUAUUGGAAGUCUGGAAAAGUGAAUGAUGUUGCUGUAUUUGAUUUAUUUUUCCGUACAAAUCCAUUCCAAGGAGAAUUUACUAUAUUUGCUGGUCUUGAAGAAUGUUUGAAGUUUUUAGAGAACUUUCAUUAUUCAGACAGUGAUAUACUAUACUUGCAACAGACUUUACCAGAUAAUAUUGAGCCUGAAUUCUUUGCAUACUUAAAGGAUUUAACUUGCAAGGAUAUAAGAGUUAGUGCUAUUGAGGAAGGCUCUGUGGUAUUUCCAAGAGUUCCCUUAUUACGAGUUGAAGGACCUUUAAUUGUUGCUCAGUUGUUGGAGACCACUUUAUUAACUCUCGUCAAUUUCGCAAGCUUAAUGGCAACGAACGCAGCCCGAUACAGAAUGGUCGCAGGAAAGAAUGUAUCUUUGCUGGAAUUUGGACUCCGACGAGCUCAGGGACCUGACGGCGGGUUGUCGGCUUCUAAAUAUGCUUAUAUUGGUGGAUUUGAUGGCACAAGUAAUGUGUUGGCUGGGAAAAUGUUUAACAUACCUGUCAAAGGGACUCACGCACAUUCAUUCGUCACAUCUUUUAGCACAUUGGAGGACAUAAAUUCUGUGAUAAUAAGGCACGCAGAGACACAAGAGCCGUGCAACCUCCUCGAACUGGCGAUAGAGUGGCGCAAACGAGUGUCCGCCAUCAUAGAUAUAUCUCCAGAGGAAGCGAGCGACGGCGAACUAGCUGCCCUCAUAUCCUAUGCCCUAGCAUUCCCCUCGGGCUUCUUGGCUCUAGUGGAUACGUACGAUGUCAAGAGGUAUAAUUUUCAAGGCUUACCGUCACGACACAGGCAGCAUAAUAUGAAUGGGCAUUCUGGCUACAAUAGCAACUGUGGAACCAAUGGUACUAGAGUACUAAAAUCACCGACUAUACAUAAUACAUAUGGAUUUAGCACGGUCGAACGCACACUGAGGAGUGGCCUACUAAACUUCUGUGCCGUGGCCCUAGCGCUACACGAUUGUGGAUACAGAGCCGUCGGUAUUCGUAUCGACAGCGGUGAUCUGGCUUAUUUGUCUGUGCUAGCGCGGGAGACCUUCGAGAGCAUUGCUGGAGCUUUCAAACUGCCUUGGUUCUCUAAGCUAACCAUAGUAGCCUCUAAUGACAUCAAUGAGGAAACUAUUCUGAGUUUGAAUGAACAAGGACACAAAAUCGACUGCUUCGGGAUUGGAACACAUUUAGUAACUUGCCAGCGCCAACCCGCUCUAGGGUGUGUUUACAAGCUAACAGAAAUAAAUGGACAGCCGCGCAUCAAACUGAGUCAAGAUGUGGGCAAAGUGACUAUACCUGGACACAAAGAGGCCUACAGACUAUUCGGUGCUGACGGUCACGCGCUGAUCGACCUGCUGCAGCGCUCGUCCGAGCCCGCUCCCGAAGUCGGCCAGAAGGUGCUCUGUAGGCAUCCCUUCCAAGAGUCGAAGAGAGCUUACGUCAUACCCAGCAAAGUUGAACACCUGUAUAAGGUGUAUUGGAAAGAUGGACGUAUACACACGAUGCCAAAACCACUGCAUGAGGUCAGGGAGAGGGUGCAGUCUUCACUCAGAACUCUGCGACAGGACAUCAAACGGAACUUAAACCCAACUCCCUAUAAGUUUCUUAAAUUCCAGGUGGCAGUUAGUGAUGACUUAUACAAUUUCAUUCACGAUUUGUGGCUUCAGAACGCGCCUAUUGGAGAGCUAUCAUGAAAGCAAUGAAAUUAACCCACAGUACACACGAAUAUUACAAUGAGCUUGAAAUAUUUGUCUGAGGAGAACAAAUAUCUUAUAAUUGUAGCAUUAAUCAUGCAAAGUGCAACAACUAGUAAUAUUGUAUUUAUAUUUUAUGUAAUCGUACGUUAGGUAUGGUACAUAUUUAUGUUUAGUAAAUCUUGCCUGUUGAUUUUCUGUAGUACAUACAAACUAUGAGUUUUGUCACAACUGAGAUCCUGAAAUGAUCUUAUUAUAUGUAAGCUCCUUUUCAAGUAUAGAAAAGUUUCAAUGUCGUAGGUUCUAAGCAGUACAGAAUGUAUUACUCUAUAGAAGGGAACCUUAAGGGAGCAAUCACAAUACCUAUCCAAUCCAGAUAUUUUGUAACAUUUUACAAUAGAUGUUUUUCUGAGACAGUUUUUAUCUAUUGUAUAUCUUAGGGCUUAAAUAAGAAAAAUGUUCAGUGUAAAUAAGGUUUUGUCGCAAUCUAAUUACGAGGGCUUUAGCGAAACUCAUGCACAUAUUGUAAAAACUAGUAAUAAACUUUUAUGUCAUUUUAUGGUAUGCCAUAAGUGAUGACUUACCGAUAUUGAUGUACAAAUUAUGUUGUCCUUUGAAUCUAUUUUUCUGUUCAUAUACUAGUCAAAUAGAACAACAUUAUUACUCAUUUCAAUGUAAAAAAUUGCUAUAAUUUAUUUGUUUUUUUAAAGUGCUUCAAAUCAUUUUGCAUUCCUUAUAUUUGGCUAUGUCAGCUUCGACCAAAAUAUUAAUGUAUUUAGUGAGAAACCCUAGCCACCAAUAAAAAUGUAACAGUGAUAAAAAUAUAAAAUUAGUAGUAAUCUUCAUAACAUUCACAGAGCAAAUAUUAUAUUUAAUAUAAUAUUCAGGCUGUAUGCAAUAAAACUGUUUGAAGGUUUAGUUAAGUUUAGAAGAGAGAAACCGUAACAUGUGUACAAAUUGUGUAUUUAUAACAAAUAGUGCAUUUAGUUCACCUUUUAGGUAGAAUACAUUGAAGGGUCGUGAUAUUAGGUUAUUGAUUUGGUUGUUAUUGGCGAAGGAAAAUAAUGUGAUAAUAUACUAUGGACACAUUGAUUACAUGAAAAAUAAUAGAGUUGAACAGAUAUCAUGGUCCUUUAUAUAGUGUUUUAAAUUAUAUGUAUAUGUACUGAAUGAAGUUUCAAUAGAAUUUUAUAUUUACCGACUAUGUUAUGUUGUCCUUAAUAUUUUAUAUCUUUGAAGUUUUAAAGGAUUGUUGUAGAAUGCUUUCGUGUUAGGAUUAAACAUUUUGCACGAGACAUACGAAACUAUAUUAAAUUAUUAUAAUUAAUAUUAUGUUAAAGUGUAUUUGUCACUUAUAGAUAUAUUUCUGUAAGCUUAGAAAAUAGAAUAACUUAGAAAUAGCGGUUGAGUGUUUCGGGAGUAAAUGCCUACUAUUUACUUAGCACAUAAAGAAAAUUGUUGUUAGUGCAAAAUGGCGCUAUGAAAGCGUUACAUUAUGAAGUACACGAAUUAAAACACUUUUGACUUAGCUACGACACUUGGCGCUAAAAAUUGUAGUUUUCUGCACUCCGUCCGCCGCAUAAAGGACAUUUGCCAUGGCAAACAAUACUUAUAAAGUAGAUAAUAUAUUGCAACGCAUAAUUCAGCAAUGUUUGUUAUAAGUGUAAGACCGCUCUUAUUAUCGAAAUCGUUUUAAAUACACUAUUUUUAUAGUCUGAAGUGUGCUUAGCGUACAUUCAAAAUGAUUUCAGGUUUAUUGUAGGUAAGGAUAUUCAAGUACAUGUUUGUAUGUUUGCCUUUGUUGGCAGAAACGAAUAAAAAAUUAUGUUCUAUGUAGGUUAGCACGAGCACUGGUCUAUUCGUGGUGUUAUAUGUGCCUUUUAAAUAAAGUGUACUGAAUGAAAUCUUUUCUUAUUGUUUUUCUAUCGUUAUUUUAGCAUAUUUUAGAAACUUGCUUAUCUUUUAAUUACAUCUUGGGUGAGUUUGAAUGUCAAUAAACCACAUAUGUUUUUC